CAGCAGACAGCCAAAUUUGCAAUUUUAGUGCAUACAAGUAUACACUUAGGGGUCGUUUGGUUCGGUAGAUGGGUAUUGCCCACCUUUCGGGCAUUGAGAUGGGCAGUGCUGCUGAUAGUUUUUAAUAGGAUGUUUGGUUGUCUUAAUGGGUUUUACAGCCCAUCUCAUUCCUAUGUUUGAUUGGCCUUUUUAAUUUAGAUAGUUAGACGAAUUUGACCAUUCUACCUAGGGUUUUGUUUUCAAUUUGUGAAUUAGCAAGCCAUAUAUACAUUUGCGCCUCUUUUUUCUACCAUUCCCGCUUUAUUUCUCUCUGAAGCUCUGCUUUCGCGACGAUGGAGGCGACCGUUCCACACACUUCUCGGCCUGGUCAUCGAGCAUUUCCAGAACGCCAAACCUCUGCACCCAGCAUAGGUGGGAGUCAAGGCACUAAUGGAUGGAAAUCCGAUAAUGGAUUCCGAGGUGGUUACGCGAACAAGAUAGAGGACUGGAUGAGGGACGAGUUCCCAACUACCGAUAUAAGGGCGAAUCCACACAUUCAAUCAAAGAUAUCAACUUGGAAAAAGAACUACUACUCACUGACAAACAUUCUGGAUCGUAGUGGUGCUGGAUUCAACUUGCAUAACGAUUUUAAAAUUGAUUGCUCGGACGAUCAAUGGGAUCAAAUUGUGAAGCAAGAUACCAAUGCUCGCACAAUGCGUGGUAAGUCUUGGCCGUUCUGGGAAGACUGGAAAAUCAUCUUUGGCAAGGACCGGGCUACUGGUGGUUUGGCAGAAGGAGUUGGUGAAGCGGUGACCAGCAACGACGUCGAUGAGCCGAUUGCAUCUAUUGGGGAGAGUGGCGAUUACUACCCAAGCUUUGAGGACUUUCUAGGUUCUGAGCAUGUCCAACCCAGUUUCACUAACGAUGUUGAGGAUGACACCAGCGCACAAAGUGGGCAGAAUGCGGCUGCAGCAGUCCCCGUUCCCAAAAAAACAAAGUGCAAGCGUACUGGCUCUGAUGAUGACUCUAGGCUGAUCAGCUUGAUUGAUAAGCUACAUGCUGAGACCAAUGCACGCCUGGACACACUCUCUGCACGUAUCGGCUAUGAGAUGGAUUUGGGGAAAUUCAGGCAAGCGAUCUUCCCCCAUCUGGAAAACAUACCGGAGCUGACUGAGAGUCAGAGGUACGAUCUCUGCGACAUUAUUGGCAAGGAGAACUCGAGGUUGGAGAUCUUCACUGGUCUUCCUGACGCUAAGAAACCAGGCUACGUCAUGCGCAUCUUGGAGAAAGAAGCACUCUACUAGAGGGCGGAGACAUAAGGCAAAUGCACUUGCAUUUGGACUGACUGGAUAAUGGGUAUUUUGUCUAUGGUUUAAUUAAGUUCUUUUGGACAAUGAAGCUAGUUUUAAGUAUUUUAUGUAGUAUGAACACCCGUCUGUAAUUUAAGAUCAGCUCUAGCCUUUUGUAACUUUACCAUAGCUGAUUGUAUUUGGGUGUGUAAGACUCGAAUUUGCUAAAUUAUCUACUGCACUCUUGGGUA